AUGGUGAUGGCUAAAUUUUCAUCAUCACCAACUGUCGUAAAAAAAGAUAUUGAGUACUGGCCUUCAGCAGGGAUCCGCUGCAGCAGUGGCUAUCAGCAGUGGAAGCGCAGUUGGCGAGAAGCGAUGAGGGCGCUAUUACUUGCUUUCCAACUACUUUCAGUAGUUGCUGCACUAACAACCGUCAAUUGCAGGCUUGAUCUUUCGCCUCGACAAAUCUCGCGCAAGGAUCUGCUUAGAACACACUUGCGAUUGUACCAGGUCGGCAAUUUCAGCGGGCAACCAUAUUCCGCAAAGGCGACACUGCGCGACCCAGAGGGCAGAUUCAGGUUUGAAGAUCUGCCCGUGAGCCACGAUGAAAACUCCACAGUUUACUUUCAACUGGUGGCGUCGUCGCAGGACUACAAUUUGAAGCCGAACCGGGUUUUGAUUGAAGUGCAGGGCCGCGGCGAGGGAAAGGAACCGACCGUGCGCGCGUUCCAGAAUGUAUUUGGACGCGAGCACUUUCCUUCGCCGGAGAUUUUGUAUCCCGAGCAGCUCGUGGAGCUGGAGGCGGAGCCAGAGCUGGUGAUAUCUUACGUUCAUGCUGCGCCAAUGCGGAACUACAUUGUUUCGCGGCGUAGUGGCAUCCUCGAUAGCGGUCCACUGGCUGGUAUCUUCCGCUCUAAGUACAAGAUGGCUGCUGUGGUGACGAUUAUUGCGCUACUUCUGUUCCCAAUGCUUGUGGAGAAGUUUGAUCCCGCAACUGUUGAGGCCAUCAAAGAGCAGAGGCUGAGCCAGACUAGAGAGAAAUACGCUGCUGUUGGAGAGAGUAAUAGCUAG